AUGCUUGGCGAGGCACACACACGGAGAGUGAGAGACAUGUAGCGAGUUCAGUCUUAACUCAGAAAAACCUUUAGACGCCAGAAUAGUUGCAAGAUGGUGCCACUUGGAGGCGUCCGUCGCAUAUUUUUAAUCACACACAUAUCGAGACAGAACGUGUGCUUGGCGGAAGAGUGAAAAUGUUCUGUACUGUUUAUCCUGGCGUCAGUUAGCACGUCUUCCACUACUGCUGCUGUCUCGCAACUACGUUUCAGAAAGAAUUAGGGAAUCGAUAGGCUGGAGUCCACAAUUAGCACAUCGGUCCUCGCGGAGUCACUGAAAUUAUUUCUGCAUCUAUUCCAAACUGGACUAAAACAGCACAAUGAACAACUGCGCAUUUCUACUGAUCCUGGCCGUUCAAAUCUACGCCGAAGGCAUAGAGGGACCAACAGCAGCAGGCUGCACCUUUGACGAGGAUUCUGAGCCCAGUCUGUGUGACUUCACCCAAGGGGAGGAGGAUGACUUUGACUGGCAGCUCUUCAGGACACACAACUCACCCUACGCCUCUUUUGACCUCCUGCGUGGUUCAUAUUUGCUGGUGAACUCUUCCCAGCAUGCUGCAGGGCAUCGCGCCCAGCUCCUGCUGCAGACGCUGAGUGAAAACGACACACACUGCGUCCAGUUCAGCUACUUCCUGUACAGCCGCGAUGGCCACAGUCCAGGGGCACUGCGGGCGUACGUUCGGGUCAACGGCGGCCCGCUGGGUAGCCCAGUAUGGAACACGUCGGGGUCCCACGGACGACAGUGGCACCAAGUGGAGCUGGCUGUCAGCACCUUCUGGCCCAAUGAGUACCAGGUCCUGAUCGAAUCAACUGUUUCCAGGGAGCGGCAAGGCUACAUCGCCAUUGAUGACAUCAUGCUCCUGACCUAUCCCUGUUAUAAGGCGCCCCACUUCUCCCGGCUGGGGGAUGAGGAGGUCAACGCUGGGCAGAAUGCCACCUUCCAGUGUGUGGCAUCGGGCCGGGCAUCGGAAGCUGAGAAGUUCCUCCUGGAGAGGGAGAGAAACGCUGGGCCAAUUGUGCACCGCCCUAUGGGACUCCCAAUCACGAGGCACAGUGGGGACGUGACCUCUACAGCCUUGGUCAAGCACCUGAGUCACCGGCGCUUUGUGGCGUCAUUACAUGUGGACAGUGUGCAGUGCAACAACCAGGACCUGUACCGAUGUGUCACCCAGUCCUCCAGGGGCUCUGGGGUCUCCAACUUCGCUGAACUCAUCGUCAAAGUUCCCCCCUCCCCUAUCGCGCCCCCACAGCUGCUGCGAGCGGGCUCCACAUAUCUGAUUAUCCAGCUCAACACCAACUCCAUCCUGGGAGAUGGCCCUAUUAUCAGGAAGGAGAUUGAGUACCGGGCCAGCCAAUCACCUUGGUCCGAGGUCCAUGGGGUCAACAUGGUCACCUACAAGCUGUGGCACCUGGACCCAGACACGGAGUAUCACAUAAGUGUGUUGCUGACCCGGCCCGGAGAGGGCGGCACCGGACCACCUGGACCACCCCUCGUCAGCAGGACUAAGUGUGCAGAACCCACACGGGCCUUGCAAAGUCUCACAGCCUCAGAGAUCCAGUCCAGGCAGCUGACCCUGCAGUGGGAGACGCUGGCCUACAACUUGACCCGCUGCCACACCUACUCUGUGUCCCUGUGCUACCGCUAUGCCACCUCAGGGGGCGGCAGUGGGCACAACACAACUGUGCGCGAGUGCCUGGCGGUUGAGCACAAUGCCUCACGCUUCACCCUGCGCGACCUGCCGGCCUACCACUCCAUCCAGGUCCGUUUGGCGCUCGCCAACCCUGAGGGCAAGAAGGAGGGGCGGGAGGUCACCUUCCAGACUGAAGAGGACAUUCCCGGUGGCAUCACCCCUGAAUCGCUGACCUUCACUCCCCUGGAAGACAUGAUCUUCCUCAAGUGGGAGGAGCCAGUGGAACCCAAUGGUCUCAUCACCCAAUAUGAGAUCAGCUAUCAGAGCAUUGAGUCGUCUGACCCAGGCAUCAACGUGCCAGGACCUAGGAGAACAGUGUCGAAGCUGAGGAACGAGACCUAUCACAUGUUCUCCAACCUUCACCCUGGCACCACAUAUCUGAUUUCUGUCCGUGCCCGCACAACCAAGGGCUUCGGCCAGACCGCCCUAACUGAGAUCACCACCAACAUUUCUGCUCCAAUGUUUGACUAUGGAGACAUGCUGUCCCCUCUGAGUGAAACAGAGAGCACGAUCACUGUGUUGCUUCGCCCCGCCCUGGGCAGGGGAUCACCCAUCAGUACGUACCAGAUUGUGGUAAAGGAGGAGAGUGGCUGGAAGGUGAAGAGGGAACUGGGGGUUCAGGACUGUUACCCUCUGCCCAUGUCCCAUGGGGAGGCCCAGGCCAGAGGGACCCCCCACUACUACACGGCCGAGCUGCUUCCCAGCAGCCUGCCUGAAGCCAGCCCCUUCACCGUGGGGGACAACCACACCUACAAUGGCUACUGGAACACCCCGCUGGACCCCCGCAAGAGCUACCUCGUCUACUUCCAGGCCAUGAGCAACUUCAGAGGGGAAAGCAGAAUAAACUGCAUCCGAAUAGCCCGCAAAGCAGCCUGUAAGGACCACCGGCGGGCUCUGGAGGUGUCCCAACACUCAGCGGAGAUGGGGCUGAUCCUGGGGGUGUGUGCUGGGGGCCUGGUGGUGCUCAUCCUGCUCCUGGGGGUCAUCAUCAUCAUCAUCAGGAAGGGGAAGCCAGUGAACAUAAAUAAGACACCCAUAACGUACCGUCAGGAGAAGAGUCACAUGGGUUCGAUGGAGCACAGUUUCACUGACCAGAGUACCCUGCAGGAGGAUGAGCGUGUGGCCCUCUCUGCAGCACGCAUGGCACACACCUGCAGCAUGCGCGGUGAGCAGUGUAGCUCAGUGAACGAGUCCAGUAGUCUUCUGGGGGGUUCGUCGCGACGCCAGUGUGGGCGUAAGGGCUCACCCUACCACACCGGUCAACUCCACCCUGCUGUGCGCGUGGCCGACCUUCUCCAGCACAUCAACCAGAUGAAAACUGCAGAGGGGUACGGCUUCAAACAGGAGUACGAGAGCUUCUUUGAUGGCUGGGACUGCACCAAAAAGAAGGACAAAACUAAAGGGAGGCAUGACACGUUGAUGGGAUGUAAGUCAUCAUGGACAUGCCAGCCCUCUUGGGACGAAUGCACUGACAACCGCCACAGAGUCAAGCUCCACCCACUCUUUGGAGACCCCAACUCCGACUACAUCAACGCCAAGUACAUAGACAUUCGGAUUAACAGGGAAGGCUACCAUCGAGCCAACCACUUCAUAGCCACUCAGGGGCCCAAACAGGAGACAGUGUAUGACUUCUGGAGGAUGGUGUGGCAGGAGAACUGCUUCAGCAUCGUCAUGAUCACUAAACUGGUAGAGAUAGGCAGGGUGAAAUGCUGUAAAUACUGGCCUGAUGACAGUGAGAUGUAUGGAGACAUCAAGAUUACACUGCUGAAGCUGGAAACACUUUUGGAGUACACAGUUCGUACUUAUGCCUUGGAGAGGAUGGGCUACUCAGCUAAACACGAGGUGCGUCAGUUCCACUUCACGUCCUGGCCGGAGCAUGGGGUUCCCUACCACGCCACAGGCCUGCUGGCCUUCAUACGACGGGUCAAAGCAUCCACGCCCCCCGAUGCUGGACCUGUGGUCGUCCACUGCAGUGUGGGGGCGGGCCGCACAGGCUGCUACAUCGUGCUGGACGUCAUGCUGGACAUGGCCGAGUGUGAGGGUGUGGUGGACAUCUACAACUGUGUAAAAACUCUCUGCUCACGACGCAUUAACAUGAUCCAGACAGAGGAGCAGUACAUAUUCAUCCAUGAUGCCAUCCUGGAGGCUUGUCUGUGUGGAGAGACGGCAAUCUUGGUGAAUGAGUUUGCACUCAUCUACAAAGACCUGCUGCGGGUGGACUCUCAGAGCAACUCCUCCCAGCUACGAGAUGAGUUCCAGACGUUGAACUCGGUCACCCCUCACCUGGACGUGGAGGAGUGCAGCAUCGCCCUGCUCCCCAGGAACCGGGAGAAGAACCGCAGCAUGGAUGUGCUGCCGCCCGACCGCGUCCUGGCAUUCCUGGUCACCACCGAGGGCGAGAGCAACAACUACAUCAAUGCGGCACUUACUGACAGCUUCCACCAGCCCGGCGCUUUCAUCGUCACCCCUCACCCGCUCCCCGGCACCACCGCCGACUUCUGGAGGUUGGUGUUCGACUACGGCUGCACCUCGGUGGUCAUGCUCAACCAGCUCAACCAGUCCAACUCUGCCUGGCCCUGUGCCCAGUACUGGCCAGAGCCUGGUCUACAGCAGUAUGGGCCAAUGGAGGUUGAGUUCCUGUCCACGUCAGCUGACGACGACGUCAUCUCUCGUCUGUUCUGUGUAAAAAAUGUGACAAGGCUCCAGGAGGGCCAGCUGGUGGUGUGUCAGUUCCAGUUCCUGCGCUGGUCAGCCUACCGCGACGUGCCCGACUCUAAGAAGGCCUUCCUCAGCCUACUGACUCACGUGCACAAGUGGCAGAGGGAGUGUGGAGAUGGCCGCACCAUUGUCCACUGCCUGAACGGCGGUGGGCGCAGUGGGACAUUCUGUGCCAGCACCAUCCUGCUGGAGAUGAUCCAGUACCAGAACAUGGUGGACAUCUUCUACUCCAUCAAGACGCUCCGCAACUCCAAACCCAACAUGGUGGAGUCACUGGACCAAUACCGAUUCUGCUACGACCUUAUCCUGGAGUACUUGGACUGCAUAGAAGAUAGCACGAGAUAGCAAUGUUCUGUAGCUAGUGCAUCUCGUGGGCUUUGACUGCUGACUGGGUUACAUACCCUGUGACCCCCUCAACAUUUACUUUAUUAUUUGGAUUAAUGGGCCUAAGCUGUUGUGAAGGACAACAAUAGAAAAAAAAGGGGGAAGUGCUCCUCACUUUUAACCCUUUAAUGUAACAGCUGUGGUUUCCUCCAUUUUAUUGUUGAUGUUGUUGUUGUCAUUUAUGAUACUUUCAGCUUCAUUUUUGUGCGUUUUUGGUCUUUGCCUCUGAACUGGAGUUCUUUUGUGCUAAAUGUUUCUGUGGCGUCAACGAUGGAGAAACAUGAGAGAGUACCUGUGGAGAGGUUACCCUGCCUUUCAUCAUUUUUCUUCAAACAUGGAUGGCCCGGGCAGUUUUUUGUCUUGUUGAUGAGAGUUCGGAGCUAAAAACAGAAUUUGACUCUACAUGGAAGUGUUCCGGUCUCUCCAAGAGCCACAGCAAAUGCAGUCUACUGUGGUGAAUACAAGAUAUCUCUACCACAAACUGCCUUACCGUCCUCUAACACUGGGGAAGAUAUAGUACAACUCAAUGGAAUGAUUUCAAUGGGCUACAUGAACAACAGUGCUUUGCGUAAUACAUUUUCCAAUUUGGCAGUGCUAUGAUAAAUAGAUGAGUCAUCGAGACAUAGGAGGAUGAAGUACAAUUUUAUGUGUUUGCCACUUUGUGAUGGGCCAACCUGGUAUGUCAUAAGACUGAUCCAAUGCUUAUCAAAUGGGAUGCCUUAAUUUAAUCGUGUCAAUCCCACAGACUGACUUGAAUCCUGUCUUCACUUUGUUCUACUCCUUCAUGUGCAGUGCAUUCUGUUACACCCUUAUUCUAAAAUGGAUGACAUACUUUUUUCCCUCAUCAAUACCCUAUAAUAACAGAGCAAAAACAGUUUUUAUUUUUUUUUAUUUGCAAAUGUAUAAAAAACCGCUGGAAACACCUUAUUUACAUAAGUAUUCAGACCCUUUUCUAUGAGACUCAAAAUUGAGUUCAGGUGCAUCCUGUUUCCAUUGAUCAUCCUUGGGAUGUCUCUACAACUUCAUUGGAGUCCACCUGUGGUAAAUUCAAUUGAUUGGACAUGAUUUCGAAAGGCACACACCUGUCUAUAUAAGGUCCCACAAUUGACAGUGCAUGUCAGAGCAAAAACUAAGUCGUGAGGUCAAAGGAAUUGUCCGUAGAGCUCUGAUACAGGAUUGUGUCUGCAGGACAGAUCUGGGGAAGGGUACCAAAGAAUGUCUGCAGCAUUGAAGUUCACCAAGAACACAGUAGCCUCCAUCAUUCUUAAAUGUAAGAAGUUUGGAACCAUCAGGACUCUUCCUAGGGCCUGCCGCUCGGCCAAACUGCGCCAACGGGGGAGAAAGGCCUUGGUCAGGGAGGUGACCAAGAACCCGAUGGUUACUCUGACAGAGCUCCAGAGUUCCUCUGGGGAGAUGGGUGAACCUUCCAGAAGGACAACAUUUCUGCAGCACUCCACCAAUCAGCCACUCCUCAGUAAAAGGCACAUGAAAGCCCGCUUGGAGUUUGCCAAAAGGCACCUAAAGACUCUCACACCAUGA